CAUUCGAUAAACAUAUACGGAGCAGACGAACAAAACAAAAUGUUCACUAUCAGUGGGGUUCUUAUUACAUGGCUAUCUAUGUUAAGUUUCACAGAUGGCAAACCAGUCUCGACAUUCACCGAUGGUAACGUUACAUUAGAAGAGGUAAUUGGACGUAAUUUUACAAACAUGGCAGAAGGGAUCAUCUUUACUGAGAACGCCCACGACAAUAAAUCGGAAGAGUCAAUUGUCUUCUUUGCUGCGGGCACAGACGCUUGUGACGAGACUACGGAUCAAGAAGGUGCAGGAAAAGUAAAUAUCGCCAUAGGCGUUCUACUGUUCUCUGCUGAUAACAUAGUGGAUGAAAAUCCAAGCGUAGAUUACAGCUUUGAAGAAGAAGAUACAAAGAAACAAAACAUAAUGAUAGAAAAGCUGUUCAGCAACAAAGAAACAAAGCAACGACAACAUAAACACAAGAAACAUCAUCACAAUGGCAGAAAAUUCGCACACUGGCCAUCUGAUUUUAAAAAAAAAACUGCAGAGCUCUAAAAGCUGACUCAGUCUUGAUAUUCAAGAUUGGUAGAAUUUGUCUAUGUUGUGAAUUUAUGUAUGUAUCAAUAAAAUA